AUGUUCUUGCAAUACAAGCAAAGACUGACCCAUGAGUUACUCUCCACAUUCUUAGCAGAGGUCACCUCUAUAGUCAACGUCCGACCUCUCAUCUCAGUGUCAACAGACCCUGACAAACCUUUCAUACUUACACCUGCAACCCUCCUUACUCAGAAAGCAAGCAUUCCCUUUACACACGAGUGUGGAUAUGGACCCAAAGACAUCCUCAGAAGUCAGUGGAAAUUCAUCCAACAUCUGACUGAGACCUUCUGGAGCAGGUGGAGAAGAGAAUACCUAUCUUCUAUCCAGACACGCACCAAGUGGAGAUCACAUGAACCCAACCUGGAAACCGGAAAUGUGGUGUUGCUCAAAGACGACCAGGCUGCUAGAAAUGAAUGGCCCCUAGGAUUGAUCAUGCGUGUGUUCCCUAGCGAAGACAACCUAAUAAGGAAAGGAGAGGUCAGGAUUUCCAGAAAGGACGGCACCAAACACCUCCUCAAACCCGUUACCGAGAUUGUCCUUCUCUGUCUCGAGGACUAG